CUCUUGCCAUCCAGGAUGAAGUGGCUGAUGUACUUGGGCGCGCUGGUGCUAGUUUUCCUGAUCGACAAUGUGUGGGGCGACGAUAACGAAGGCCUGGUGGUGGCUCCCUCGCCUGAGGAUGAUCGCGAGGGUGAGGAGGAUGAGUUGUCGAAGUAUGACAUGUACAACAACACCCACAUAAAGAUAUGCGCCAACGUUGCCAAUGGCGUCCACCUGCCCUAUGUCGGCAGCUGCAGCAAGUGGAUCGAGUGUGAGGAUGGGGACAUUAAGGGCAUGGGAGACUGCCAAAGCGGAAACGUUGAAUUAGCCUUCGACCCUGUGUUUCAGGUGUGCACCUAUGUGAGCAAAGUGCAAUGCCAGCCCAAGUGCACGGACUACGCGCUGAGCAGCUACUGCUACGACAACACCUGCUUCAAGUAUGUCCUCUGCUACUAUGGGCGCCCGGUGCUGAGGGAAUGCCACGACGGCCUCCAGUACAACAACGCGACGGAUCGCUGCGACUUCCCCGAGUAUGUGGACUGUGUGGCCAACAAUUGCUCGGCCACGGCACAGCCCGAAAACAUCAUUUACCUGCCCAGCAAAGCCAAGUGCGACAAGUACUUCAUCUGCUCCAAUGGCCGGCCAUGGGAGCAAGAGUGCUCCGCCGGUCUCUACUACAGUCCCGAGUGCAAGUGCUGUGACUUUGCCAAGAACGUCAACUGUACCAAUAAUGCAGUGGCCCGGAACAUCCAGCCCUACUACCGAUCGCCCCUGCGCCGCGCUGACAUCGAGUGCCCGUUGGUGGGAGUCCACUUCUAUCCGCACAAGUCGCGCUCGGACUCCUACUACUACUGUGUGGAUGGCCAUGGUCUGACCCUGGACUGUACUCCGGGUCUGUACUUUGACCCGAAGGUUAACGAGUGCCGAGAGCCAAAGUUUAUUGGAUCCUAAAAAUAAACAAAUGCUAGUUGUUCCCCUU